GAGAGACGAACACUGAGCUCAACCUGCCCGGUUCACCGCCCCCAGCAUGUCAUACUGUACGAUCCGCAUGUUCAUCCCCAGUGCUCUUGCGCUCCGACAAACAUCACCUAACUUCCAACCCAAGACCAGUCCGCAACGCGCACUCGGAUCUGCAACAACAACAACAACAACAACAACAAUCGGGGACCUCUUUUUUUUCUUCAGCACGCCAGGAGAGUUGGAGAUCCGCAGGUAAUCGCAGUGCUGCUCCGACGUUUGGUCGACAUGCUGGGUAUCUGCGUUUGUCUUUGUGCGGUUUUCACUCAUGUCCUCUCUCAGGAGGCUGAAGAGCCAGUGUCAUACACGUGCACAGAAGGCUAUGAGUAUGACAGAGUCAGAGAGCAGUGCAAAGACAUCGACGAGUGUGCCUUGUUAGACGAUGCCUGCAAAGGAGGCAUGCAGUGUAUCAACCACUUUGGUGGGUACCUCUGCCUCCCGAAGAGCGCCGUCAUCUACAUCAGCAAGGAGGGCGAGCAGGUGCCACUGCCAGAGGCUGUCCCUCCCAUCCCUCCUGUCAUUCCCGCCUUACCAAUUCAGCCUCAGCCCCCUCGGGUGUUUUCAGGCGACCAGAGAAACACUCAGUCCGGCCGGACAGUCCGCUGUACAAACGGAUUCACUGCAGAUGACCAGAACCUUUGCAGAGACAUAGAUGAAUGUGCAACAGGUAGACACACAUGUGGACCCGACCAGACGUGCUACAACACCAGAGGUGCCUACAUCUGCCAGUGUCAACCAGGUUACCAGAGGAAUGGAGAUCACUGUGUAGACAGAGACGAGUGUGCCCUGACCCACUACUGCAUGCACAGAUGUGUGAACACACAGGGUUCAUACUACUGUGAGUGCAACGCAGGUCACAAGUUGGCCAGCAACAACCACAGCUGUGUGGAUGUGAAUGAAUGUGAUGUGCAGAGUCCCUGUCAGCACCACUGCUACAACCUGAUUGGCUCCUUCCUUUGCCAGUGUGACCAGGGCUACGAGCUCGCACAGGACUCCGUCUCAUGCCAAGACAUUGACGAGUGCAGCUUCUCCAGCUACAUGUGUCAGUACCAGUGUAUCAACAGCCCGGGGAGUUACUCCUGUGAGUGUCCAGAUGGAUAUCAGCUCCAGGGAAACCGGUUGUGUCAAGACAUAAAUGAGUGUGAGACGGGGACCCAUAACUGCCAAGAUGAUGAAAUGUGCUGGAACUAUUACGGAGGCUUCCGCUGUUAUCCCAGAAACCCCUGCGAGGCGCCUUACGUCAAAACCUCUGAAAAUCGCUGUAUCUGCCGGUCUCAGGCAGAGUGCACUGGUCUUCCUCCAUCAAUUGUCUACAAAUACAUGAGCAUCCAGGCAGAGCGCACGGUGCCAGCGGACGUCUUCCAGAUUCAGGCCACCAACAUCUAUGCCAACACACACAAUACCUUCAGGAUCAAAGCUGGCAAUGAAGCAGGAGAGUUUUUCCUACGUCGUUCCAGCAAUGUGAGCGCCAUGCUGGUGCUAACCAAGCCUCUGACUGGCCCCAGGGAGUAUGUGGUGGAUCUGGAGAUGAUCACUCAACAUCUGUCAAUGAGCUACCGUUCCAACUCACUGCUGCGGCUCACCAUCAUAGUCGGGCCGUACGCCUUCUGAGCACCGCAAUUACCAGCGGCCUAAAUAACUUUGGUUCAACAAACAGCAGUGUAACACAAACGAUGCCAGCAAAACAUACUGUUCAUUUUCAUACAAUAUGCAUACCACAUAUAACAUAGGCUGACAUAGCCAGACUCAUAAAGCAGCACAGCAGUUAAAAUAGGCUUCUUUUUUUUUUUUAUAGCAGACAAGUCCACACUGUUAUGUGACCACUGGGCAGCUUUUCUCUAGAGGACCUGGGAUGCAUCACCAUGAAGGGUUUUAGUUUCUGAAAAAACAGGCUUUGUGUUUGACAAGAUUUAAACUGUUAAAAAAAGACUCCAUUUACAAAGUACAAAUAACUUACAAAGCAAUAUGGACCAUUAGUAAGUAGACUAGCAGGACUAGGAUGUAUGUGCGAUGUAUUUGUAGUAGUUCACACAUACAUUAGCACAUAUGUACAGUACAGGACCAGCGAAGAGAGUGUGUCCAAAUAGGCCUCUAAAAUACAUUUUCCUCACAAUUGCUUCAACAGUUAAACUUUAAAUCUAAAGACUUCAAAUGUGUCUCACUUUUAGUGCCUGAAGUGAACAUAAGAAAGAUGCAGGGAGCGGGGUUUUCACUUGAAGUGGUUGUUUUCUACUUUCAGAGAAAAAAACAACUGAUGGCAGUGCAGUGGCACUCAGGAAAAGAUUCCCAGUGGACACAUUUCCUACCUGUGAUGGAGCUUUGAUGCAGAAUUACGUACAAUUAUCACUUACUACAAACCAAAACUGCGUACUAUAAUCUGUUUGCAUCAGUGGAGCACUCUGUUGUAGGGAAAUCAUAUUUUUUAUAGAAAUGUACAUGAUGAAUAUCCAAUAUGAGCAGCUUUUGACCAUGUAAAUCAUCGCUUCUGUUGAUAAAUGUCGAGUAUAAAACUGCUGCGCGACACUGUUAGUGCAAGUUUCUGUACAGAGUUACUCGUGAGUAAUAAUUUCCUGUGAGUCCAGAGCAGUUCAGAAGUGUAAAGGGAGGGAACUUGUCUGUAAGUUGAGAGAGUCCUAGAGAGUCCGAGUACUCACAGGAGUUAAGUCAUGUACAUACCGAGUUAUAUAAAAAAAUCUGUGUGUAUGUGUGUGCGGAUGUUUAGUGUGAGUGUGUGUCCCUGUCUUUGUUUAUGCAUGCAAGAAAGUCAAAGUGUGAACCACUGAGAGAGGGAAAGAGUGAGAAGGAGUUUUAAUGCGUGGUCGAGCUGUUUUAUGUGUUUCUGUGAUGCCAUCCCUGCGUCGCAGAGGCAUUAACAGAGAAAUGACGGCUUUCGCAACACACCUUUGCCAGUCAACCUCUCUUUGGUGCCACUUUGAUUCUCCCGAGGAACGGCUUUCUAAUGUCGGUCCCAGUCUAGAAGUCACACUGGCACCAGGCUGGCUUGCGUGAUAAACGUAAUUACAGCUCUUUCCCCUGUAGCUGGUUCAUGUGUGACACAGGGGAUUAUUAAAGUGUUAAUACAAUGCCACCACACUUUUGGCCGAACGAAAAAUCUCUCACUACCUGCUUUGCCUUUCAUGACUCCACGUGUCUGCUCUGGCAUAUUUCUGAAACACUUCACACUGUAGACACACAGCACUGAAAACCGCAUAAAAACCAAAACAUUGUCACCUUUUUUUUUUUUUUUUUUCUUAAACAUGUAAAAUGUUCUCCAUGUCUUUGGUCUUUUAUGUGGUUACAGCAGUGAGCAUGCCGUAGUGCCUUAGAGGUAUAAACACAAAAAAAAUGUACACUAAACUUAUCGAGACUGUCAACUUCCUUCUUUAAAAUGCCUUAAUGUUUAUCGCUUCUAUUUAAAGUCUAUUUUGUCAUACGUAUCUUGUAUUGAUUGUACUCUGAGAGCAAAAGUUAUGUUGUUGAAUAAAAUUUCAUGGAUAAAUGGGG